AUGCAGAUCGGCCAACCUUUAUUGUUGGAAUUCAAUCUAACAGGGCAAAGAUGUGGGAUCAAGACAACUCUGAACAAGAUGGAAGCAACAUAUGGGGUAACAGUUUUAAAAGAACCAAUGCAGUAUGUUGUUUCUGCCGUUGAAACUAGCAGUUUGUAUGUCCUAGAUGAACAUGGUAAACUGCUGAAAAAAAUUACUGGCAAGGCACUUCUGGGUCACCCAUUUAACUUGUGCUCCAAUCAGCUCAAUGAUAUAAUAGUUUCAGACAAGUUAAAUCAUUGUAUAAAAAUCCUCAACAGAAAUGGAAAACUAAAGACAUCUAUAGGACAUAUGGGUACAUGCAAAGAUUGUUUAUUCGAGCCUGCAGGUCUGUGUAGUGAUCAACACAACAAUAUCAUAGUUGCGGACUCGGGAAAUAGAUGUGUCAAACUUUUUAGCAAGUGUGGUAAAUUCAUCAGGACACUUGCAGACUUUGAAUGCUACAUGGAGAAGCCUGUUAAUGUAACUCUCUCAAAGGAUUAUAAACAUAUUAUUAUACUUCUCACUGGAAACAAACCAAGAAUUGUUAUUGAUGAUUACAGGCCACCACCUAACAGCAUAGUCCAAUGCAUUACCUGA